UCAUCAAACGAAAGCUUUGUACCAAAGCCAAAGUUAACUAAGUAUUCCUCAAAUUCGGCAAAUUCGGAAUUUUCGUUUAUUGAUCCCGAUUUUUGUCCUAUUAUUGAUAAUGAUAUUGAAAUAAAUCAGUCAAUUCAAUUAAAUACUCAAUCACAAAACAAAAAAUUAGGAUUUAUUUUUUGCCCUCCUGAGCAUUAUAAUCAUAUACUCAAUCUCAUAGCCAAGCAUUUUAAUCAACAUCCAUUUAUUCCUACUUCUGAUAACCAAUACUGCUCUCCAAAUCAAAUUCGUAAAGCAGCUGUAAAAGAAAUGUACAUAUACUGCAAGAACAACGAUCUUAAAUGGACAUGGUCAUACCUAUGGGUAGAAUGGUAUAGUUUAUUAAAAUGGUCUAAUUGGGUGCAAAGCGCAAAAAAAGAAAUUUCAGUAUUAAGAACAACAAUGAUCACAGAGUUAAAUGGAGACUAA